UGUUUACAAAUGCUUCUGUUAUCCAAAGCUAGGAAAUGUGCCACAGUUCAGAUGAAAAAUUUGGAUUCCCAGUUUCCCAGUUUGUGAUGUAAAAAGUGUAUUUAUUUCUCCUGGAGCCGAUGCUUAUUAUACUGGUAGAUACAUGGAAUAGACAAGAGAAGCUGUCAGAAAGAAAGAACAUUUCUUAAGACGGAGCUGGCACAUUUUGGACAUAACCUUGUGGAAUCUAUAAGCAAGAGGGAUGGGUAGCUGAUUUCUGUGAGGUCAAAUCUAUGUCAAACAACUAUAAAUGUAGUUUCAGCAAGAACUUGAGAUAUUAUCUCAAGGAAAGCAACCUGGAAAAAUACAAAUUCUGGAGUACUAACACCCUGUGUGAUCCUCUUGGAGUAGAUUUUCGUUCAACUGAAUAGCUACUGCCUGAAAGAAAAUGAAGAUGGACAGAACAACUUAGUUCAAAAAGACUUGCCAUGAGGUGCUGAAGCCUUGUUUCAUCCAUUCAGAGGGACCGGACCUAAAUGGCGCAUCAUGACUUUGCUCCAGCCUGGCUUUAUUUUCCUGCUCUACCAUCAUCAACGAAAUUAUCACUGAACUUUAAGAAACAUUCUGAAAGUCCUUUGCUGACAGAGAAUUGUUACGAAGCAAAUCGCAGAAGAUACAACUAUACAGAUGGGUUUGAUGCUGGUAUUGGACGGCCUAAUGGAGGGCAUUUUGCUAGAAAAGAAAAGCAUGGUUGGCGUUCACAAGGCAGAAGUGGUACAGAGAACAUAAACCAUCGAGGAGGAUGCCAUGGAGGAGCUUUCCGCAAUCGUACCAGCACUUUCCAAUGGGGAAGAGGCCGAGGACUUCCUGAGAACAUCAUACUUGAUAAUGGAACUGGGAAGAAGGAAGAUGAAGUACCCAAACAUUUCAAGGCUGAGGACUUUCCAUCUUUGAACCCUAAAUAUGAGAGGGAACCAAAUCGGAUUGAAUCUUCAGCUGCAAGUGUGUGGGCAUAUCCUUUGAAUCCUAAAUCUAGAUCUCUGAGAAUGCUUGUCCUUAGAAAGGGCAGUACAAAGGAACUGCAGAUGUCUAGAUGUCCAGUAGUAGGAGGUCUUCAUUCACAGACAGUAAGGAAGGGAACUGGCACAAAUGUUCAUAAAGGAUCAGUCCCUAAACCUGUCAUUCUACCUGCAAAGCCUACACAGUGGAAAAGUGAAGCAAAAGAAAACAAACGUAGGAAUCUGUUUCCUCGUGAAUCUGCAUAUGGUGUUGGCAAUUUCAGUCCUUUCAAAUCAACUGCCAAGGCACAUGGUCAAUCACAAAAUUCAAAGAAAGAGUGUAGUCAGUCACAUUCUUCAUCCCCUGUUGGCAAAGCUGGCCAGCCUCGUAUAUUGACAAGAAUACAGACCAAUAAGAAGAGUGAAUUUUUGAAAACACUGAAACAGGAUAGAAUGGAAGAGAAACAUGAAGACAAGAAUCGUGCCGGGAAAGAGAAGAAUGAUGCGUCCUUUAACUUGAAUAAAAACAACAGUCCUCAUCGUGAGAGAGAUAUAAACCAUAACACUGAAAGUGAAAUUCCACAGGAGAAUGGCAACACUUCAAUUACAUCUCAACAGAUCAUUCAAUCUUCAGCUUUACCUCAGGCAGAUGUUCUUUCAAGCUCACUUGAGGCAGAGCAUAGGUUAUUAAAGGCGAUGGGAUGGCUGGAAUACAGUGAAAAUGAUGAGAUGUGUGCUCCACUAACAGAGGAAGAGAUGAGGGAGUUCAGAGUCAUUAGGGAUCAGUUACAAAAAAAUGGCCUUCGGAAAACUGGCAUUUUGAAAAAGGGCUUCAUUUCUGGUUUUAGAUUUAGUCCCUGGAAAAACAGCACUUUCAAACCUACUCAGGAGGAGGAGGAUUCUGAGACAAGCAGUAGUGAUACAUCUGAUGAUGAGGAUAUUUGAAGACUUCUAAAACACCUAUAGAAGACCAUUUUUUGUUUUCCAAAAAUUUGGGGAUGUGUUGUCCAAAAAAUAUUUUUGAUUUAUGUAGUAAUACACCCACUAAAGGGGACAUGGGGGGAUUUUCCAUUGAAGAAAGGAAGGGAUGUUGUGUUGAACAUUACUGUAAUUUCUUUGUAAAUGAAUAUUGUAGAGUUGACACAGCAUUGACUUUCUUCAUCACUGAAUCGUUUCUGAGUAGCAAUGUGACUGUAAUAAAUCAGAUUUUGCCAUACUAAAAGUAAAGAAUUAUGUACUA